UGUUGUCUGCCAAAGCUUAGCAAAUAGCAGCUAUGGAGUAAAAAGAAAAUUACCACUGCAAAAAGUGCACCUUGUUUCCCGAAGUAUUCAUCAUCCCCAUUAUCCAAGUUCAAAGUUUCCAUUAAGAAUAUCAGUUCAUCGUUUCUCCUCUCUUAAUCAUCCUCCCUUUUGGAAAACCAAACUUUUAUCUGUAAAAUAUGGCUACCCACCCCAUAGGAAUUUCUGGCUAGCUAGACUGGCUUCAAGACUUCUAAAACUUCGCUAUCUUGUAUUAGGAUCAGCUGUUGGUGGCGGCUAUACAGCAAAAAAGACAUAUGAUCAAUGGAAGGAGAUGCUGCCUGAUCUCAGUGACUAUAAGUGGAUUGUUCCUGACUUCAUCUGGGAGCUUGAUGAGCACAUUGACUUUGAAAAACUUAGUAAGGCUCUUCCUGAUGCAGAAGACCUUGCCAAACUUCUGCCUGACUUUGACAAGAUUGGAGAGAGCUUCAGUUCACUGAAGGGCUUUUUCUCACCUGGUUACAAUUUGGUUAGUGAAGUCAUAGGAGCUUCUGAUCUGCUUCUCUUGUUAGGUUCCCAGGGAGAAACAGCAUUCAGAGCUACAGACCAGGGAUAUGAAAAUGACAAGCAGUACAAAAAGGGCCUGCUUGGUGAGCUCAUUCUAUUACAACAGCAAAUCCAGCAGCAUGAAGAGGAAGCACGCAGAGCCGCUGGCCAAUAUAGCACGGGCUCCUCCCAGCAGAAGCGAAAGGUCUCUGACAAGGAGAAGAUUGAUCAGCUUCAAGAAGAACUUCUGCACACUCAGCUGAAAUAUCAACGAAUUCUUGAGCGCUUAGAGAAGGAAAACAAAGAACUAAGAAAGCUGGUGUUGCAGAAGGAUGACAAGGGCAUUCAUCAAAGGAAGCUAAAGAAAUCUUUGAUUGAUAUGUACUCUGAGGUUCUAGACACUCUGUCUGACUAUGAUGCCAGCUAUAAUACCCAAGAUCAUCUACCUCGGGUUGUCGUGGUUGGAGAUCAGAGUGCAGGAAAAACCAGUGUGCUAGAGAUGAUUGCUCAAGCCCGGAUAUUCCCGCGAGGCUCGGGGGAAAUGAUGACACGCUCCCCUGUUAAGGUGACGCUUAGCGAGGGUCCCCAUCACGUGGCUGUGUUCAAAGACAGCUCUCGGGAGUUUGAUCUGUCCAAGGAAGAGGAUCUUGCAGCCUUGAGACAUGAGAUAGAGAUCCGAAUGAGGAAGAGUGUGAAAGAAGGCUGUACCGUCAGUGCUGAGACUAUCUCCUUAAAUGUGAAAGGUCCUGGUCUGCAGAGGAUGGUGUUGGUAGAUUUACCCGGUGUCAUUAGUACUGUGACAUCUGGUAUGGCUCCGGACACGAAGGAUACUAUCUUUAGCAUCAGCAAGGCCUACAUGCAGAACCCUAAUGCCAUCAUCCUUUGUAUUCAAGAUGGGUCGGUGGAUGCUGAACGUAGUAUCGUCACUGAUUUAGUCAGUCAAAUGGAUCCUCAUGGGAAAAGGACCAUCUUUGUUUUGACUAAAGUGGACCUUGCUGAGAAAAACGUGGCCAGCCCAAACAGGAUACAACAAAUCAUUGAAGGUAAACUCUUCCCAAUGAAGGCUUUGGGUUACUUUGCAGUCGUUACAGGAAAAGGAAACAGCAGUGAAAGUAUUGAAUCUAUUAAAGACUAUGAAGAGGAAUUUUUUCAAAAUUCAAAAUUGUUGAAGACGUGUAUGCUGAAGGCACACCAGGUGACAACGCGGAACCUGAGUCUUGCUGUGUCUGAUUGCUUUUGGAACAUGGUGAGAGAGUCGGUGGAGCAGCAAGCGGAUGCUUUUAAAGCAACACGUUUUAAUCUUGAGACCGAGUGGAAGAACAACUAUCCCCGGUUGCGAGAGCUUGAUCGGAAUGAACUGUUUGAGAAAGCGAAGAAUGAAAUCCUUGAUGAGGUUAUAAGUUUGAGCCAGGUCACACCAAAGCACUGGUACAAUGUUCUACUUUUCAAUUUAGGGAGGAGAUUCUUCAGAAAACAUUGUGAGAACAUCUACCUGCCGGCAGCACAGACCACAAAUUCAGGGACAUUCAACACCACUGUGGACAUCAAGCUGAAGCAGUGGACUGACAAACAACUGCCUAAUAAAGCAGUAGAGGUGGCCUGGGAGACUCUGCAGGAAGAAUUUUCUCUCUUCAUGACAGAAAGGAAAGGAAAAGAGCAUGAUGACAUCUUUGACAAACUGAAACAAGCUGUCAAAGAAGAAAGUAUAAAACGACACAAGUGGAAUGAGAGAGCAGAAGACAGCCUGCGAGUGAUACAGCACAAUGCUUUGGAAGAUCGGUCAAUAUCGGAUAAACAGCAGUGGGAUGCAGCUAUUCACUUCAUGGAGGAGACUCUCCAGAGUCGCCUCAAAGAUACUGAAUCUGUAAUUGAAGACAUGGUGGGCCCAGACUGGAAAAAGAGAUGGUUCUACUGGGUAGGCCGCACUAAAGAACAGAAUAUUCGCAGUGAAACAAAAAAUGAACUUGAGAAGAUGAUCAAAUGCAAUGAAGACCACGCAGCUUACCUUGCAAAUGACGAGGUGACAACUGUCCGAAAGAACCUUGAAGCAAAAGGCGUAACAGUGGACCCGUGUUUGAUUAAAGACACAUGGCACCAAGUUUAUAGAAGACAUUUCUUGAAGACUGCUUUGAGCCACUGUAAUCUGUGUCGAAGAGGUUUUUAUUACUACCAAAGGCAUUUUGUGGACUCUGAGCUCGAAUGCAACGACGUGGUUCUGUUCUGGCGCAUACAGCGAAUGCUGGCGAUUACAGCGAACACGCUGAGGCAACAACUCACUAACACUGAAGUCAGACGUUUGGAGAAGAAUGUAAAGGAGGUGCUAGAGGACUUUGCUGAGGACAGCGACAAGAAGGUGAAGUUACUAACAGGCAAAAGGGUCCAGCUGGCAGAGGAUCUCAAAAAAGUUCGGGAAAUCCAGGAAAAACUUGAAGUCUUCAUUGAAGCCCUCCAUCAGGAGAAGUAGAUUGAUCAAGCAGCGGAACGUUUACCAUGAGAAUGCAGUCCUUUCCCAAAAUGCAUUGCACAAAGACAACUGAAUGAAAUGGCUUUUCUGUCCCAUUCUUCUUUCUGACGUAUCUUUUGGAAGCACCUGGAUGCCAAGGGGGUGAGGGAAGUUGUUCUCACAUGAGAUUGAGAAGAAUUGAAUGAAACCUGCCAUUAGAAUUUUUGAAGCAAGCAAACAUGACAGCAGAAUCCAGGUUUUGUUGGGAUGAAAUGGCAAGAUGAGAGACUGCCAAAGUUCAAUUCAGUUUGGUUUCUCAGAGCAAGGAGAGGUUUUUAUUUGUUGGCAGCAGUCGAGUAUGGCAGUGUUAGUUUCUUGCCUGCAAAUAAUCCUGGGAGUUUGAAAUAAAGAUUUAUCAUCUGUACAUACAUGAAUUAAUGCCCUGCUAACUAAUAUUGUUUGUACCUGUAUAUGUUAUGUUGAAGCAUCCUCAGUCACUAGCGUACACAACGUUUAAAUUCAUUGUGGUGAGAGCGGAGAUCUGAGAGAGAAAGUUGUGGACUUUGCUUAAGCAUUUCAGAGCUAUUAUCAUCCAAGGAAUUCUUCUAGCUCCUUUCACUUGAAAAGCACGAUCUGCCAUUCAUUGACUCCUUAAAAAAUUUGGCUCAGGAAAUAAUGUCAACAGCUGCUCAUUUGAUGGAUGCUUUCCUCCUAGAUGGUGAUACGCUGACCCACAGCCAAUAACAUUUCAUUUCGAGGGGUUGCAUGGACACUAACUGGGUUUCCUGUUAACUUUCCCCAUGUCCCGUUGGAAAGUGAGCUGAUUGUGUGUGGGUAAGACAGAAAAAUAAUUCAACAGUGUAACUCAGUUUGUCUGACCCUCUCAAAUAAAUAUUUCAGAAAAAAACACAUUUUUUAAUAUUUUCUUUUUACUGAGAAUUUUUAAGGCCCAAAUUGCUUUAAAGUGAUGUAACACGUAAAGUACCUUCAGAGCCACUUGCCUUGUGUAGUGUAGUGUGGUCUAAAUGUUCGGUGGUGUUCAUUUCCUUCAGUCUGUCAUAUUGCCCAGAAAGAGGAUGUAAUUGACAUACAAGAGUGUGGUGUAUUGAACCAAUAUUCAUCAAUUUCUUGAGGUAUCGCAUAGCAUUGUCCUCGCUCGCUUUUACUUGUUUCUUCUGUUAACUUGCCUACCAGUUAUAAAUUGUCUAACAUCAGCCUCCCUUAAAAGAACGUAGUCUUUUUUACAUAUCUCAACUUAGCUACUCUUGCUGUUAAAUUGUCAAUGGGACAGAUUUAAGAAAAUGGUCUAAAUACAAUUUCACAGACCGUCCAGUA